AUGCGCAUGGAGAUCCUGGGUCUAUCUGCUCUUGCUGCCCUCAUCCCACUGCCCACCCACAAGCAGAUCUUCCUCUACAACAAGACCUUCGGCGCGGAUCCCCAAACCGACAAUACCACAGUUGCAGCAUGGGACUCGCUACUCCCCGCCAUUAACCCGUAUCCCGUGCUCGGAAACAAACAAACAGUCGGCCAGAGCUCGGUGCGCUAUCCCCCCGGGAGCCAGAAUAUCUACACUUUAUCUGUGGCGCACCAACUGCAUUGUCUGUGGUCUAUCCAUCAGAACUACUACAGCGCUGUACACGGGGCGCCGGACCGCCAGGGUGACCAUAUAGCUGCGCACAUGCGGCAUUGCUUCGAUUAUCUGCGGCAAAGUCUCAUCUGCGCAUCGGAUUCCACGCUCGAGCCUGUUGAUACCAAGCUGGGCGGCGUCACUGGAUGGGGCAGCGAGCGCGUGUGUCGGGACUAUGCCGCUCUAUCGGAAUGGGCGGAGGGGCGUAGAGUGAGUAAUGCUAGGGGGUUUUCGGGCCAUGAUACGAAUCAGGGCGGAGUGGGAGUUGUGUGA